AUGGCUACCCGGAGCCCCAGCGUCGUGAUUAGUGAUGAUCCACCAGGUUAUGACCUAGAUUUAUUCUGUAUACCUAAUCAUUAUGCUGAGGAUUUGGGAAAGGUGUUUAUUCCUCAUGGACUAAUUAUGGACAGGACCAAAUGGCUGGCUCGAGAUGUGAUGAAGGAGAUGGGAGGCCAUCACAUCCUGGCCCUCUGUGUGCUCAAGGGGGGCUAUAAAUUCUUUGCUGACCUGCUGGAUUACAUCAAAGCACUGAACAGAAGUAAUGAUAGAUCUAUACCUGUGACUGUAGAUUUUAUCAGACUGAAGAGCUACCAUAAUGACCAGUCAACAGGUGACAUAAAAGUAAUUGGUGGAGAUGAUCUCUCAACUUUAACUGGAAAGAAUGUCUUGAUUGUUGAAGAUAUAAUUGACACUGGCAAAACAAUGUACACCUUGCUUUCCUUGGUCAAGCAGCAUAAUCCAAAGAUGGUCAAGGUUGCAAGCUUGCUGGUGAAAAAGACUCCUCGAUGUGUUGGAUAUAGACCAGACUUUGUUGGAUUUGAAAUUCCAGACAAGUUUGUUGUAGGAUGUGCCCUUGACUAUAAUGAAUACUUCAGGGAUUUGAAUCAUGUUUGUGUCAUUAGCGAAACGGGAAAAGCAAAAUACAAAGCCUAAGAUGAGAGUUCAAGUUGAGUUUGGAAACAUCUGGAGUCCCAUUGAAAUCACCAGGAAAAUUAUCAAAUGUUCUAGUUCUAUGGCCAUGUGCUUAGUAGAGCUUAUUGCAUGUAUCUUCUAAGAAUUUUAUCCGUUUUGUACUUUAGAAAGGUCAGUUGCUGCAUUCCUGAACUCUUUAUUUGCACUAUGAGCCUAUAGACUAUCAGUUCCCUUUGGGUGGAUUGUUGUUUGACUUGUGAAUGAAAAGUCUCUUAAACCACACCACUAUUGAAUGAAAAUAUUGAAAUUGUAUCUGUAAGAAACAUUGAA